CAAUUUGCCAUUCAUCUGUCUUAAUCAUUUUUACUUGCAAAAAACCACACACACACACAGAGCGCCAAAAAGAAAGAGCAAGAGGGAGGUGCAGUGCAUAGGCGACGAUGGUGGUGCGCGACAUAGACGAAUUGCCCAAGAACGCUGCCAACUACACAGCGUUGACGCCGCUGUGGUUCCUGGAGAGAGCAGCUCAGGUGCACCCCACCAGAGCCUCCCUCAUCCAUGGAUCCCGUCGCUACACGUGGCAACAGACUUACCACCGUUGCCGUCGAUUCGCAUCUGCUCUCAACAAUCGUUCCAUCGGUCUCGGCAACACCGUUGCUGUUAUUGCACCCAACAUUCCAGCUCUGUAUGAAGCUCAUUUUGGAAUUCCAAUGGCAGGAGCAGUAUUGAACCCUGUUAACAUUAGGUUGAAUGCAUCCACCAUAGCAUUCCUUCUUGGUCAUUCCUCCGCAUCAGCGGUAAUUGUGGAUCAAGAGUUCUUUACCUUAGCAGAGGAAGCUUUGAAAAUAUGGUCUGAUAAAACCAAAGGCUUCAAGCCUCCACUUUUAGUUGUGAUUGGUGAUGAGAACUGUGAUCCUAAGCAACUAAGAUAUGCUAAGGGAAAAGGAGCAAUUGAAUAUGAGGAUUUUCUUGAGAGUGGUGACCCUGGAUAUGCAUGGAAACCCCCGGAGGAUGAGUGGCAAAGUAUUGCAUUAGGUUACACUUCUGGUACAACUGCUAGUCCUAAGGGUGUGGUGUUACACCAUAGAGGAGCAUAUCUUAUGUCUCUAAGUGGUGCUGUUAUUUGGGGAAUGAAUGAAGGAGCUGUGUAUCUUUGGACACUACCUAUGUUUCAUUGCAAUGGUUGGUGCUACACUUGGACCCUUGCUGCUUUAUGUGGUACUAACAUAUGCCUUCGUCAGGUAGCAGCUAAGGCAGUGUAUGAAGCCAUUGCCAAGUACAAAGUGACUCAUUUUUGUGCAGCACCAGUGGUUCUCAAUACAAUAGUGAAUGCACCACCCGAAGACACCAUCCUUCCUCUGCCUCAUGUUGUUCAUGUUAAUACAGCUGGAGCUGCUCCUCCUCCUUCUGUUCUGGCCGCAAUGUCCCAAAGAGGAUUUCGCGUCACUCACACCUAUGGCCUCUCAGAAACCUAUGGCCCCUCCACAGUCUGUGCCUGGAAGCCAGAGUGGGAAUCGCUUCCCCCCGAAACCCAAGCCAGGCUCAACGCAAGGCAAGGGGUUCGGUACAUUGGCUUGGAAAGCCUAGAAGUGGUUAACACAACAACAAUGAGGAUACUUAAAGAAUCCCAAAGCCAAUGAAGAGACCUUUGCAAAUGGAUGGUUUCACUCGGGUGAUCUCGCCGUAAAGCACCCAGAUGGAUACAUAGAAAUCAAGGACAGAUCAAAGGACAUAAUCAUCUCGGGUGCUGAGAAUAUCAGCAGUGUGGAGAUUGAGAAUGUUAUGUAUACACACCCUGCAAUUCUUGAGGCAUCAGUGGUUGCAAGACCAGAUGAGAAAUGGGGUGAGUCUCCUUGUGCUUUUGUGACAUUGAAGCCAGGAGUGGAUGCUAGUAAUGAGCAGCGUCUUGUUGAGGAUAUAAUAAAGUUCUGUAGGGCCAAGAUGCCUGCUUAUUGGGUCCCAAAAUCAGUGGUUUUUGGACCCUUACCUAAGACAGCUACUGGGAAGAUUCAGAAGCAUUUGCUGAGGGCCAAGGCUAAAGAGAUGGGACCUGUUAAGAUCAGCAAGUUGUAAGUCACAUUAUAACAGAGAUCAUGACGAAAUAAACGUUCCUAUUAGUCCUUGCUUUGUGUUUUCAAGAAUGUACUAAUUAGUUAAGGUUUCUUUCUCAUAAUAAUUAGUGUACACCUUUUAUAAAUUAAACUCGUGUAAUAAUAAUAAUAAUAACAAUAAUAAAUGUAAGUUUAUU